CUCCUCCCCGUGUCUGGCCCUUUUCACGACUGCAGAGUCGAUGCUUUGGAGUACGAGGUGGACGACUAGUGUGUGGUUUGGACAUGCAACUGGCCUUGCUGGCGCCUUAAAAAGCCAGUUGUGUGGGGAAGCCACGAGCGCCCUUCGGAAGCUCGAAUUACCCCAACGAUUAUAUGGGAGCUGUCCGGAACAUCCCCAGAUUUCCCUUCACACCACACCGACAGAGCAUCCAACCAUAUUUCUUAGCAUCAGGGACAAUUGACACACUCUCCCUUUAUUUACUGCUUUAUAAUUGCAGAUCGGGAUUCCCGGAAGGUUUCUCACACGUUUCGCUGGAAAGUCGGACAGCCAGCGUUGCUGGGUUGAAGAUGUCGCUUUAGCAGGCUGUCACUUAGUAAUUAUCCGAAGUGGUUAUUGCGCUUUACGCAGCAAUGGACUCAGAAGAUCAAUCGCCGCAAGUCGAGGGGACCCCGGG